CACAAAUCAAAAUGGGAAUAUUUAAAGAGAUUGAGCACAUUAUUUUUCCAAGUGUAGGUGACAGUUUCAGGGUUCAGCAAGUGAAUAAGAGAGUGAGUGAGUAACUAAAUAGUGAGCAGAAAGUGACCCGUCCUGAUGGAUGCAUGUCUGCCUGAGCAGUACCCAGGCCCCAGAAAGCCUAGACAUUUGAUGUAGCCUAUCUACUAGGAACCACAGGUCCAGGGAGCUCGUAAAGCCUGUAAGCAGAGGGGGCUAAUUCAAUUUGACACAGCAAACUGCAGCAAUUAAAAAACACAUCAUCAAACCAGGCUUGGAGGAUGAUGCUGUGAUGUACCAAAAAUACCUUUGCAGCAGCAUUUUACUAGCCAGGAGCGCCACAAAAAGCCAGGGGAGGGGAGUAUGAAGAGAGAAGAAAAAGAAGAGGCGGAUUGCUUGUUUAUACUGCUGCAUCCGUCCCCGUUGUUGCUGAGGAGGGGAAUGUUGUGAAUGACUGAGGCAGUGGAGUGAGACUAACAAGUGGUUGCCAUGCAGCAGGAGCAAGCGUGCGUGCUUCUGGAGCGAGAGAUAGAGAAACAGAAUGAUAAUCAGUAGGAGGCAGCAAGUAAGGGAGCACAAGGAGAGGAGCUGUAUAUCUGGGGAGAGACACAUAUCAUAGCUUGAUCCAGCCUCUCCCUCGCUUCCCCGUUUCUCUCUUUAUUUCUACAGCUUUUUUUGUUUAGAUGGGAGGUUAGCCUCGCACAUGCAGCGUGUCAGCGAUGGAUGGAUUCAUGGAUAUGUGUCUGAGGACUCCAAGAAAGAGGAGUUGGUCACAGGAAACAGCAGCAACAGGUCUGUGAGGAUGGAACGAUAAUGACGUGUCCCGCUCAUCAUCCUACUUCCUUCUCCCUCGUCUGUCUUUCCCAAUUCUCCCUGUAUGUACCCUCCCUCUCUCAUCCGCACCCCCUCCCUUCCUCUCACCCGAUCCACCUGCUGCUUGAGUUCAUAUGAAAGAUUAAGGAGGAAAAGAAUGAGAGGAGCAGACUUCCACCUGUGUGACUACACCAAUUUCCUGAUGAUGUUUGGUCAAUCCCCGUCGCUUUCUUGUCGAAUGGAAUUACGCUGUAUGGCAGGCGUCUGCUCGCACGCAACAGGUAACAUGCAGGCUUCGAAACGCCUGACCCUAUCAGAGGAGAGAUGAGGCACCUAGAUGUUGGUUUACCAUGUGUAGCGUCCACUACAACCACUCCCUUGCUGCCAUGAGCGGAAACGACAUGAUGGUGCACUCUCUGACUCUGGAGCAGAAGACAGCUUUUGCCUUCGUGGGGAUGCUACUGGUGUUCCUGGGGCUGCUGAUAGUAAGGUGUUUCAGGAUCCUGCUGGACCCCUACAGCAGCAUGCCUUCCUCCAACUGGGCCGAUGGCAUCGAGGGGCUGGAGAAAGGGACGUUUGAGUACGCCCUUACUUAACACAGGGACACACACAUCCAUGGAUGUCCUCACAAACAGAAAUGCCUAUAGACACAUACAUAUAUAUAUAUAUAUAUAUAUAUACACACAUGUACACACUGAUACACUUGCACACAUGCAAACACACGCAAGCCACAGCCCUGCAUCACCAUUGCACCUGACACACCUUUAAGACAUCUCUCUGUGACGGACCGGACCAAGAGACUGAAGCUGUGUAUGUUGUUCAAUGUGUGUGCACUUUUAGUUUAGAGCCAGUGUGGAGUCUCCCUGCUGUGUGUGACGAGUUGUCUGUUGUUGUGUGCGUCUGAGCGAGUGUGAUGCAGCUGCUGUGUCAUAUUCUUUGCUCUUCUGCCAAGGGGGUGUGCGUUUCAGCUCAUCGAUUUACACAGAAAUGGCUGAAGCUCCCUUUAACCCACACCCACAAGUUGAAUGUCUGUGGACGAUGAGAGGUGGAUGCUCGCAGGACAAUGUGGGGGAUUAGGGUGCAAAGUGGGAUUAUUCAGAUGUAUUUUGAAGACUCAGGGACAAGAUUCCUUAUGUGAAUGGGAAACAGAGUGGCUGCACCUCUGCACAGCAGAGCUGUUCUGCACGGGGAUGUAUAUGGUUGGAUACAGGGUAUUAUUUCAAGCUAGUGCUUUGUGGAGUAAUCAAAUCCAAUCUGUUGGUGAUCCAAAGGAAUGCUGCUGCUGCUGCUGCUGCUGCUGCU